GAGACGUAGAGAGAGAGAAGGAGGCAGAGCUGGGAAGAGAAGCAGGGGAGUGCGGCAGAGACCUGGACGGAGAGAGGGAACGAAACAGGGCUGAGAGAAGAGAGAGAAGCUACAGGGGACUGUGGGGGGCGGGAGGGAUGGAUUAGACACAGACAGAGGGGAGGAAAGACAGCCGGAGAAAGGGGCCAACGGAGAGAGGGAAAAAGAGCGAAUCUGAGAAAAAGGAGAGAAAGGAAAUCAGCGAGAGAGGAAAACCCAAGAAAGACACGAACAGGCGGAGAGGGGGACGAAGGAGAAAGUGACUGACGGAGAGAAAGAAACGAAGGAACGAAUUGGCGUGAAAAAGAGGAAGAAAGACAAGACCAAGCGGCAGAUACAGCCUGCAAGGAAGGAAGGGACAAGAGAGAGAACAAGAGAGAAACAAAUAAGAAAGUGACUGAGAGCGAAGAGGUUCGAGCAAGUGGCGAGUGGCGGGAGAGAGGCGAAGGAGCGAGCAAGGCGCGAGUGCAGGGAGAGAGCACAGCCAUGUCGCAGGGGGGGUUCUACGAUUGCGAGCGGGCCCCCCCCCGUCCCAUGGCGUCAGAGCUGGGGGCACUCGGGGAGCAUGAGGGCUCCAUCGACCUGGCUGCCUACAUUGGUGAUGAGCAGCUGCUGUCGGAGCUUCUGCAGGGCCCCCCGCAGCGGGCACCGAAGAGCACCCCCUACCCGGGCUACCUGCAGGGGGAGCCCUGGGGCUACGGGGCUGCCCACAAGGGCUACGGCACCCUGGUGAAGGAGGAGCCACGGGGGGCUGAGCCCGGGCGCCGCAGUGGCUACAACCCCCUGCCCUUCCAGGUGGCACAUUGCGGGCAAACGGCCAUCAGCCUGCCCCCAGGGGGUGCCGGCCCGGCCCUGCGCACGCUCAAGGGCCCCCCCUGCAGCCCGCUGCUGGCCUCGCCGGGCCCGGGGAAGGGGAAGAAGGCGGUGAACAAGGACAGCCUGGAGUACCGGCUGCGCCGGGAGCGGAACAACAUCGCCGUGCGCAAGAGCCGGGACAAGGCCAAGCGGCGGGUGCUGGAGACGCAGCAGCGGGUGCUGGAGCUGGCGGCGGAGAACGAGCGGCUGCAGAGCCGGGUGGCGCAGCUGAGCCAGGAGCUCGACACGCUCCGGGCCCUUUUCCGCCAGGUGCCCGAGGCCGCCGUGCUGGGCAAGGGGCUGGGGGCCUGCAGCUGAGCCGGCCAAUAAACCUGCUUACACCUCC